UCAGGCAGAGGAGUGUCUUCAAACAGGGGAAAAAAUGGCUUUCUCCAACGCCUCCCUCUUAUCUUCUUCUUGCUCGGUAUGCAACAGGCUCAACCCACUACUCUUCUCCACCCAACGACGCCGUCGCAUCUCUCUCUCCCGUUCUCACUUCAUUCGUUUCAGAAGCAUGCGCCUUAUUACUGUUUCAGUUGCUGGGAUGGGGGAUAGUGGUGUAUUUACUUCACCGGAGGUAGCAAAAGCUUUUGAUUUCUCAGCGGAAGAAAGGAUAUACAAAUGGUGGGAGUCUCAGGGGUAUUUCAAGCCAAAUUUCGAGAGGGGAAGUGACCCAUUUGUAGUACCAAUGCCACCGCCUAACGUUACUGGUUCAUUACAUAUGGGACAUGCAAUGUUUGUGACUCUUGAGGAUAUUAUGGUGAGAUACCAUAGAAUGAGAGGAAGACCUACACUCUGGCUUCCUGGGACUGAUCAUGCUGGUAUUGCAACCCAGCUGGUUGUGGAAAGAAUGCUGGCUGCUGAAGGAAUAAAAAGAGUGGAUUUGGGUCGAGAAGAAUUUACAAAACGAGUAUGGGAAUGGAAGGAAAAGUAUGGCGGGACAAUCACAAAUCAAAUCAAGAGACUUGGUGCUUCUUGUGAUUGGACCAGAGAACGUUUUACCCUAGAUGCUCAGCUGAGUCGAGCAGUAGUCGAAGCCUUUGUUAGGCUUCAUGAGAAAGGCCUCAUCUAUCAAGGUUCUUACAUGGUUAACUGGUCUCCCAAUCUACAGACUGCAGUUUCUGAUUUGGAAGUGGAGUACUCAGAAGAACCAGGUGCGCUGUACCACAUUAAGUAUCGAGUUGCAGGUGGUUCAAGGAGUGACUAUCUUACAAUUGCAACCACAAGGCCUGAGACUUUAUUUGGUGAUACAGCUGUUGCAGUACAUCCUGAGGAUGAACGUUAUUCCAAGUACAUCGGAAAGCAGGCUAUUGUUCCAAUGACUUAUGGCCGGCAUGUGCCCAUUAUUUCUGAUAAGUAUGUGGAUAAAGACUUUGGAACUGGUGUCUUGAAGAUAAGCCCUGGCCAUGAUCACAACGACUACCUUCUUGCUCGGAAGCUUGGUCUUCCUAUUCUCAAUAUCAUGAAUAAAGAUGGGACACUAAAUGAAGUUGCUGGGUUAUAUUGUGGUCUUGAUCGAUUUGAGGCGCGAAAGAAACUUUGGUCAGAUCUUGAGGAGACAGGACUCACGGUAAAAAAGGAGGCUUACACUCUACGAGUUCCAAGAUCACAACGUGGUGGAGAGAUAAUAGAACCUCUAGUUAGCAAGCAGUGGUUUGUAACAAUGGAGCCCCUGGCAGAGAAGGCCCUGCAAGCUGUGGAAAAGGGAGAAUUAACUAUCAUGCCCGAAAGAUUCGAGAAGAUAUAUGAUCACUGGCUAUCGAAUAUCAAGGACUGGUGCAUAAGCAGACAAUUAUGGUGGGGGCACCGUAUACCAGUUUGGUACAUUGUGGGUAAAGACUGUGAAGAGGAAUACAUAGUUGCCAGGAGCACAGAAGAAGCUCUUCAAAAAGCUCGUGAGAAGCAUGGAAAAAAUGUUGAGAUAUAUCAGGAUCCAGAUGUUCUUGACACCUGGUUUUCCAGUGCAUUGUGGCCUUUCAGCACUCUUGGGUGGCCAGAUGUUUCAGCAGAGGAUUUUAAGAAUUUUUAUCCUACUUCAGUUCUUGAGACCGGGCAUGAUAUAUUGUUCUUUUGGGUGGCAAGAAUGGUGAUGAUGGGACUAGAAUUCACUGGGAAAGUUCCAUUUUCAAAUAUUUACCUCCAUGGACUCAUCCGUGAUUCCCAAGGCCGAAAAAUGUCUAAAACCCUAGGAAAUGUUAUAGAUCCACUUGAUACAAUCAAAGAGUAUGGCACUGAUGCUCUACGCUUUACUCUUUCUCUUGGAACGGCUGGUCAGGAUCUAAAUUUAUCAAUAGAGAGGCUGACAUCUAACAAAGCAUUCACCAACAAGCUCUGGAAUGCUGGCAAGUUUGUGCUGCAGAAUUUGCCUCGUCAAAGUGAUUUACCUGCUUGGAAAGCUAUGCAGGACUUUAAGUUUGAUACUGAGGAAUCACUGUUAAAGCUGCCUCUACCAGAAUGCUGGGUGGUAUCGAAACUUCAUAUGCUAAUCGAUGCCGUCACCAUGAGUUAUGACAAGUUUUUCUUCGGAGAUGUUGCAAGAGAAAUAUAUGAUUUCUUUUGGGCUGAUUUUGCUGAUUGGUAUAUUGAAGCAAGUAAAGCGCGGCUCUAUCAGUCUGGAGGUGAUUCAGUUGCUUCUGUAGCCCAGGCAGUUCUCUUGUAUGUCUUUGAAAACAUACUGAAGUUACUUCACCCAUUCAUGCCAUUCGUGACUGAGGAGCUCUGGCAGUCACUGCCCAAUCGAGAAACAGCUCUUAUAGUAUCAGCUUGGCCACAGACUUCACUUCCAAGGCAGGCUGAAUCAGUGAAGAAGUUUGAGAACUUACAGGCUUUGACGAGAGCAAUUCGUAAUGCGCGGGCAGAAUACUCUGUUGAACCAGCAAGGCGUAUAUCUGCAUCUAUUGUGGCAAGUUCAGAAGUCAUCCAGUAUAUCUCUAAAGAACGAGAAGUUUUGGCUCUCCUCUCUAGAUUAGAUUUGCAAAAUGUCAGCUUUACAGAUUCUCCCCCAGGAGACGCCAAUCAAUCAGUUCAUCUUGUUGCCAGUGAAGGUCUGGAGGCUUACCUUCCGCUUGCUGACAUGGUAGAUAUUUCUGCUGAAGUGCAGCGCCUAACAAAGCGUCUUGCUAAAAUGCAAACCGAAUAUGAUGGACUCAUGGCUCGUUUAAAUUCUCCCAGCUUUGUGGAGAAAGCUCCUGAGGAUAUUGUCCGUGGGGUUCGAGAAAAAGCAGCAGAAGCAGAAGAGAAAUUGACACUAACCAGAAAUCGACUUGCUUUUCUCCAAUCCACGGUUCUGGUGUCGAACUAAAGCCAGUUAAUUGAGUCUUUUGGCAGCUGAUAUGGUAAAACCGGAGCAGCUCAUCAAAUGUGUACGUCGAGUCCCUUCCUUGUUUAGUUUUCUUUAGAUUAAAAAGCUCAUACUAUGGCUCUUUUCAUUAGCUGGGCAACCGGGGGUGAGUUUCUGUCGAGUUGAAGAUGGUAUUGUUUAUUAGUGUAGAAAGAAAAGAGAGAAGAUACACUGAUUUGUAUGUUUUGUGAAAAUACAAAGAGAUAAUUCUAUAUUCUUGUAUUAGGUUGAUUGGAAGGGUUGAGCAUAGGAAUGUAGAUCAAGUGGGUCCGGCUACAAACAUCAUUAUUCAACUUUGUUUGAAUUAUUGUUGAGUUUGAAAAUUGUGUUUGAGCUUAGUUUGAUUAUCGAUCAAGCUGAGUUCAAACGAACUUUAAUGAAUCCGAUAUCAACUAAGCUUGAGUAGUUUUGUACUUA